AUGGAAAUAGUGCGUAAACGCCCACAGCGUCAAAAAUCUGCUAAAAAGUCGGAGGAAUCAAGAGACACGGAUGUCACGACGAGUGGCAAUGAAGAUGCGAAGAAAUUCGCAGUUCAAGUGGCAAUGACGGAGCAGGAUUUUAUUCAAGAGCCACUGGCAACAAACGAGACAGUUUGUCGUAAUGAGGAGGACUUGAUGACUUUAACACAAGACGGAGAAAUGCCAAGGGAACUGGAACUACUUGAAGCUGAAGGAUCAGGCUCUCAACCUCAUAAAGAUCAUGAAGCAGAGAGCCAAGAGUUUAUACAGCAGGUUCAGGACAACGCUACCGAUACUUUAGAGAUCCAGGACAAGAUCAAUGCCUUUUCACCAUUGAUUUCGGUGAAGAAUGGAGCCAUUUCUGUUCCUACAGCCCCACUUUUUGAAGAUGCAGAGCUUUCAAAGGACCCUUCAACACAGUUGCUGCUAGAAACGAGUGCUUCAUCUUUUCCAACUGCGUCGCUACCGACGCAAUCGGCUAUCCCACGUGUAGGCUAUGAGAAUACAGUUUCACCGGGUACUGAUGCAUCUGCACCGUCAGCGCCACCGAUAAUUGAAGACGACGACGACGUGACGGAUCAUUCAAGCACGACUCCGUCGGCACCGUCGUUGUCACCUACAGCAUCAAAGAAGAUGCAUCAAGUUGCUGCAUUACCGCGGAACUCGGAGAAACUGAGCCCCGUGAUGAGAAAUUCAGUCAAAGGAGCAGCGACGAGUGUGUCAGUAGAAAGUGCUAGCAGGGCAGUACGACAUUCGUUUGCUACAUCGCAUCAGGCGGAGGAGAAAGCUGGGAUGCAUAGCAUUUAUCCGUCCAUCCAGCAGGAAGUUGCGAGAGGAAUGACAUUAAUCACAGAAGAAAAAGCUUGUGAAGCUCAAGCAACAUACCAGCAGCUUCUAAAGAAAAAACAUGUUCGUGUGAAGCUAGAGCCAUUCAUUAACUACGAAAUGACCUUGAUGCGAGCCGAGGCGUCACAAAAGCGUCAGGAAACGAAGAUGCGUCACAUUGAGACAAACAAAGGCGAGCUGUACGCGCGGUUGGAGCGAUACUUGUUUUCAGAGUAUAUAUUGCACAACGCUGCGUCGAGGUUGGACGAGUACAAAAAGAAAAUUGAUGUGCUUAUCAAGAAAGUGUGGACUUUGGAAAAGAAGCGAGUUUCUUUGGCAAAGCGCUGUGGCGACAACGUGGAAAUUGAGCAGCAAAUGGAGUUUCAAGCUGCAAAGUUGGAGACGCUUCAGCUUGAGAAGUUAGAAGUUCAUCUUGAUAAGCUACGGCAGCUACGAACGGUGGAAGCGUCGAUGCAUACUUUUGAUCGUGCGAUUUCCUAUUUUCAAGUGGAGCAGUACUUAAACAGUGUGCUGCAAGAGCCGAAUCUAGUCAUGUUUCUGAACAAAAUGAGCUCGUCGUGUGGUGGUACUAGCGGCAUUGACGAUUUGGGUCUUGUCCCAGAAAGCGCAAACUUUUACGCAGCUUUGCCUCAGGGCUCGUCCCUUGUAUCGACAGUGGAUCACUUGAGGUACUGUUUAGAUGUGCUCAUUUUCUUUGAAAAGAAGGUGACUUUGGGGGAGGAAGGAGUGUUUGGACGUGUGCCGCAUUCGUUUUACCGGGGCGAGCUUAUUUGGUAUAGUAAUCAUGCCAAGAUGCACUACAGCGCUGGGGGUGGCGCCGGAAUGGAGCGUAAAAUUAAGUGCUAUGCUUGUAGCAGCUUGAACGCACCCAUGAAAUCCAAUGAAUGGUGCAAAUUGUGUGAAAGCUGCGAGGUGGUACUGUAUCUCCCACCAUCAUCUGUAUCGACGAAGACGAACGAGUGGUUUGCAAGUAUGCUGCGGUUCCGCAAGUCGUUACAGAAAUGGAUUUCGGCGUGCUUGCAGAGUCUCCUGCGUACGAAGUCGCUCCAGAAUAUGCCGUAUCUUCUGAUGCAUGUGAUGUACUUGCCUCGGAUUUCGACCGAUGAACGGUCGUGGUUUUUAGAAUUCCUGCAGUUUCCGCGAGCAAUGGUAUGUACAGAUGGCUCGUUAAGGAACGCGUGGAGUGAAGAUUUAGUGGACCACUAUAUCGCCAUGUUGCAUUUAGUGUUUCAUCCCGAGAAAUUGCGGCGCAUGUCGGUCAUCGUAUCCAGCGGAUCUACUAAUGGUACGAAAAUUGCUAAAAGCGCCAACGUGGGUGUAGCGGAUACCAAAGGAGUCGUACCUUCGGAAUGGGUCCUGUUGGAGAAUCCAGAAAUGCUGGAUCGAUAUUUCCUGUCGGACGAAGAUUUUGUUGCUGUCUUAAACCAAUUUCCGAACACGUUUGCAUUUGAGCAGUUGUUUUGUUGCACCGCAAACGUGAAAAAGUGUUUUAGCCGAGCUCUGACGCUGGUUUUGGAAUUUACUCACAGUUUGCGAGCAUUUCAAGAGUUUGAAAAGUUGCCGGCGCGAAUUGCGCAGCUUCUUGGACAAUUACUUUCAGACGCGGCGGAGCUUCCCGGAUCAGGCCGGCCUAAUGGUUUUCGGGUAAAAGAUACCGUGUGUUAUCCGACACUCCUGGACCAGUUGUUCCUUACCAGUUUGCACGGUUUGAUGGCAGCUGAUUGUAAUCGUGUGGCAUGGAAGAGUUUGUGUUUGUACCCUUUUGGCUCCUUGUCUGAACUGGCGAAAUGGGAUGUGCUGGCUCUACUUUUGUUUAAUCUACAAAGUCUACCAGCAGAGGCGAAAACGAGAUCUGGGUGGAUGCAGUUUAUUGGUAAAUUCAAUUCCCAGGGCGCAAAUGCAGGGGCACUGGCCCGCCAACACCUUUAUAACCUGAUCGAAACGGAUAUCGAGAGCUCGAUGUAUCUCCUGAACGCGGUGGCAAGUCUUGCUGCAUCGUGUCAGUCAGGUCCUCUUGUCGACGGAGAUCGAUUUGGCGAGCGGCAUGAUUUGGUGUCUGUCGCAGUACACGAGUUGUUUAUUGCAGGGUACACCGUUGAAAGAUGCCAGCAGGCCUUAGGCAAAAACGGUGAGCGAGCAGCAGGUCCCUUAAGCACGAUUUGUUUGGCACAUCCGUGCGUGCUAUCGCUUCUCAUUACGCUGCUUUCUAAGUAUCACCAGUGUGCAGAGACAUGGAUUCAUGUGUUCGAGAUGUUUCCAAUCAAUCGCUGGAUGCCAACUGCGCAGGAUUUGCUAAACUUGCAAGAAUGGCUGCUACUUGAAGAUACAUCAUCAUCACGUUGUGCGCUGGCGCGUUUUCUUCUUGAUCACAUCAAUUGGGAGUAUGACGUCAAAUCGAAACGAUUGUUUACGGACGCAAUGCUACACCGCCAAGUAGCUCUCAUGGUUGCCGAAGCGCUAGUGUUAUACAAAACGCGAAAAGAGUGUGCAAGCGACCCUGAAUCAGCUAUUGUACUGUCUGGAGGAGGGUCCCCACAGAAGCUUAAGGUCACUUCAAUCGCCAAAUCGAUUCGUCGCGCUUUAUGGCUAGGUGUGACGGUAGAUUUUGAGAAGUGGUGCUGGAAACUUAUGCUCAAACUGAGAUUUUAUUCUCCGAAGACGCAGGAGCCAUUGCUUGCACUUAUCGAUCUUCGUCACGGUCGCUCUCGCGACGCUUUGACUUUGCGUAGGUGGUUUGCUGGAGCUUCUGUGUUACGGGCUGUGUCUUCUCGCAAAACUUUUCCGUUCUAUACUUCAUUUGAGGAGCAAGUUUCGCAGUAUGGACUCGCUGACAACAAUAGACGUAGUGCACUGGAAACAGAGAUCGGCGGAAGCACUGGUGCUCCCAUUCAACAGGAAAGUCGAAAGCUUUUGACACCUCAAAUUCACAAAGAAAUCGCCGGAGCAGAUAUUGAGUCGACAAUUGCUGUUACAGCAGCUCCACGAACGGAGCCUAUUGUGGCUUAUGUAAUAUGCCAGAUGACGACAUUUGUGUUCAGCGACCGUCUCGAUCGCUGGGAGCCGUUGUUAGUGUUGCUAAAAAGCGAAUAUUUUCCGGCAGCUAUCAAAGUACUCGAAAAUGUAUUCCCUAUUAUAGCUCGACUGCACAAGACUAAAAAUUGUCCGUUAAAAUCUGUAUCAGCGACAGCGUCCCAGCUAGAUUUCGGACACGGAGCUAAGACGUGCACUGGAAAUAGCGAAAGUGACGGGAUUGCAGAAUUAUCCUGUGACGAAGCUGAAACUGAAGGGCCUAAACUGAGUAAUGGUGUGGUAAUGGAAUAUGACAACGAGCUGGAGGUUUGUAUGGCGGCGAUGCAAGCUCUGUCUAUCGACGAGUUGUUGUGCUUGUUGACCUCGCUGCACGAGUUCUCAUAUAUCAAUACCGACGAACUUCAUCGCAUGCAAGAAGUUCUUAAUAAGGGUUGUAUUGGUGGGUGGGAAAACACAGCCAAGGAGCGGAUUAUGGCAAAACUUCGGUUUGUGCGUGAAUGCAGUCGCUAUUUGCACCCUGUUGUGCUACCCGCGCUCAUAAAUGAGUGUUUUCCCCAAUCGAGCUCCAUGUCAGUCACAACCUCAGCUUUAUUUCAUGGAGCAAUGUCGUGGCUUUCUUCGGCUCUUGGGGGUGAGCGUAGCACAGGGGCAUUGUCACCGUCGGCAUCAUCAUCGACCAGCGCCGCCCUAUCCAUCCGGAACUCUUCUUUGACUGCCACGACUGCUUCGCUCGCGAUGAUACCAAAUAACAGCUAUUCUGAGUCAACAAAAUCGCUGUGCGCAUUGAUCCGACGGUCCUUUGAGUGUGCCGUAGACGAUUUAAUUCUUGCAAAUUCAAUGCGGUUCUGGAUGAAGGCAUUAUUACACGUUCCGUUUUGGUACGAAAACGCUGCGUUUCGACAUAUCCUAGAUGUCAUGCUGCACUGCAGUAUGGAAAGUUUCUGCGAGUCCUCUCUCAGAAAGGAUUCAUUGAGUGGAAGCGCGAGUACCGGUGCAUCAUCAAAAACACUGUUCGAAUUGGUGGAGUUGAUUGAGUCUGCAUUUGACGCCUUUUGUCGACGUGUAGCACAGCAGGCAACAAAAGAUGCAGGGCAACCAGAACAACAGUUUGUCGACAAUGAGCCAGUUCUUGUUAUGAGUUUUCUUCCAGCAGUCGCCGCUUCGGUAACAUUUGCUUCAGUAUUCGGUGGUUCAUUCGACGUUGCGCAAUACGUCAGCGGUUGUCCGCACUUGGCAUUAUGGAGUUUGCUUGUUGAGACGCGAAAGGAAGCUCCGCUGUUUCUGAUGAUGGGGCAGCUUAUGAUCAGAUUUGAACCUAAAACGAUGAAGAAGUUGGAAAAAAUGAAGAAGACAAAGGGUAAACUUGCUUCAGCUCUUGGUGCGAUAGGAGACGGGAAAAGUAUGGAUAAGCAAACAGAGGAGAUCAUCUACGAAGCCCCGAUUUCUGCGUCUCGUUUAGGCAACCCGUUGGCAUUCGGUCAUAUUAGCCUUGAUUCUCUAUCGCAGUACAAGAUAUUUCGCUGGUGCAAUUACUGCCUGGAUCUGCCCGAGUCAGAGCCUACGCAAGUCAUCUAUUGGCAGGUAUUUUUCGCAUUGUACUUUGCAACUGCUGGUGGUUCUCGUGUCUUUGCGCACCAUUUCCUGGACCGUACAGGUUACCGCAACUCAAAGCAUGUGCAUUUACGAAGACAUCUCCAGAAUAAACUACGAAAACUAGUUAAUUACUGCUCUAACCAGGCGCAGAUUGUUUUAACCGCUACGGGUGGUUCCAGUAGUCGCUCUUCAACUGGUGGGGGCUCCGCUUCGGACUUGAAGGAGCGGCGAUAUGCCCAUCUAGUGGCGCUUUCCCAGCUGUACACUGCUAUGAAUGCUUGGCUUGAAGAAAAGGACCCAAACCAGUGGCUGAAAGAAGAGGAACUGUCGGGUUUACCACGCCACUACGAGGUAGACCGGCUAAAAGACGUCUUGCGUCUCAGUGACGCAUUGCUAAACGCGCAUUCAGACAAGAUGAAAUGGUCCGAUUUGCCUUUGUGGAUGGGUUGGUGUGGCUUUGAAUAUACUAUGACGCGAACUACCUCGAAGUUGACGGCUGGCAAAAGUGAAGACGGCAGUACUAGUAGUUUGUUGGCAUCUCCCCUUCCACCAACCGCUCCAGUCGGCGAAGAAGAUGAUUUCUCUUUUGUGGAAGAAGCAUCGGUGCUCGCACGUCGACAUAGCAGCUUUGGAGGAGUUGCAGGACUGAAUAGCCUCAGCAUCAAACCUUUGCCUUUAGUAAUGGGGUCUUUCAGCCUAACGUCAUUGCCAACAGUAUCGGUUAUGAUAUCACCUGAUCGGUGUGCCAUCACACCCACUAUUCCAUUAAACAAGGCAGGCUUAAAAAUGCUGGCUAUGAAAUGCUCGGAGAAAUUGUCUGUUCUUGUGGCACUCGACUCUGAAAUGGUGGACAAUGUAUCUCAACUCUACCUUAGUAAGACAAGAACUGUGACACAGAGUCUGUCGUGUCCAGAAGGCACAAACUGUCGCGGUCCUGCGGCCUUUCGAUUUGAGUUCUUGGAAUGGAUAAUGAACUCACGCGCAGACGAUGCUAUUCAAUCGAUUCGUGCACAGGGUGAGCUAUGCGAUAUGAGCUCCAUGCUGAUGACAAAUGUGAUACCAUCGAUAAGCGAACAUGGCGACCAAAUGCACGAUGAAAGCGGUAUGGCAAUCGUCACGGCAACAUCUACUUCAGCUGAACAAUUCCUGCAGCUCGAUGAAGAUGGAUUGAUGUUAUCUUUCCAAAUAUUACUUAUCGACCAGGUUGUGCAAACGCUCAUCAGGGAACACGAACGCUUGAAACAAAAACUAGAAAACGACGCCCCGGUGAGUUCGACAGCAACUGACGACGUUGUAAGUACCACCAAAGAGAAGAACGUUGACGCGGCGGAUGAUAUUGCGGAGAAUGAGUUGCUUUUGCCUAUCCAAAGGACAGAUCAAGAGGCGGAACGGUUGCAUGAAAAAGGUCUUGAGUGGUUUCGUCUUCUCACUGAGCUCGACACGAAGCUGUCCCGAAUGGUGCCACCGUUGAGCGAAGCACUAUGGCGAGCAAUUAAGCAGCUGGGAUUAAACUUUGUUUGCGUUGACGAACGCGAGACUUGCACUCUGCUUCAACUCAUGCUGGAUGACCCAUCCCGCAUCAACCUACUUAGCGAAUGUUUCUUUCCGGCGGCUGCGCCAUCGUUUUUUGUGGAAAUGUUUGCAAAACUGAUGAGUGCAAGCAGUUCUUCUAAGCUCUCGAGCAACGAGAAGCUUAUUGUGUUGCGCCGCUUUGACUUUCGUGCGUGGUUGAAGACUCCACAGACGCCCACCAAAUUCGAUCGCGACACCGUUUUGUGCAUGGUUCUGGGUGAUAUUAGCCACCAGUUUCCUGCAGAUCGUAGUUUGAUGAAAACUACCCGAAAAGCUACGAACACCAGCGCGUGUAACCCCUUGGACAACGUGCUGCGUGUGUACGCGAAUGUGCUCCAGCUAAUAUGUUCUGCUCACUUGGAAGACCAUGUUGAAAAAAUUGUGCAUGCUUUAGUUGGCAUCCACAAUGACUACCGAUUCCAAAAUUCAAGUGGAUACAAUAGUGUCACGACUUCAACUGUCAGCGGUGGCGACGAUUCUAGCAUCUCUGAGGCACCGGCUUUACCAUGUCCGGUAGAUGUUUUGGUCUGGGAGUCUUUGGUUAGUAUUCCAUGGGCUUCCUGGAAAGAGCUCCCGCUUACGCAAAUCGAGACUUGCGUCAGGUUUCUCAGCCAGCACAUGACAUCGCUGCGAUGGCAAGGUGGACUGUCUGGCAGCAAUGCCUUAAACACUGGAAGUAAUAGUGAAGCACUUUGCGGCAAAGAGUUACAGAGUGCGUCACUUUGUUUAUCGACAAAGUUCCCUGUUGUGUACUGGCAGCGCCUUGGUGUUCUAAAGAGCUUUCUUGAUCUGUUCACGCUAUGCUGUCGUGUGGCCCCAGAAGAACAGCAGUGGGAACUAAUUACAGCGUUUUUCGAGCCCUUGCUUUCGACAUUGUACCAGCCAUCUACCAACACAGAAGGCUCGGCGAUUAGUGCACCAUGGUCGGACAAAGACACCAUUUCUACGGGCACUACCAUUUGUUCCUGCUUUGUGGCUACCUGCUCAGAGUACCUGAAGACUCCACCAGCAGUUAGACCAACACACGACACCUAUCAUUUGUCGCUGACACAAACAGCGAAGCUGUCACAAAUUUGGUCUUUCUAUCUUACGGUGCUUGUUCCGCAUGCACCUACCCACAUUUGCAAGCACUUUCAUCAAUUCAUGACGCGACUGGCAUGGGAGCACUGGUGUUUGACCUUGCAGAUUGUGCAGCAGAUGCGUGAACUUAUUCAGACGGAAAAACAGCAACUCACAGGAGCGGCAAUUGCGUCUAGUGACCAAAUGGUUCCGCCGCUACACUCUACAAUGUCGCCAUAUCCAUUUGUAUCAUGGCUAGUGCGUGACAUAUUAUGCCGCACAACUUGGAAAUCAACAAAUGCCUGGCUAGAAGCACAAAGCGAGGCUGUGUGCUCGUCAUUUCUACUUGAAUUUGCAAAGCUGUGCUUGGAGCUGGUGCUUGACCUACCACAUUUUCAUACUCAGUCUGGUAACGCAGUGUCAAGCAAUGCUCUUCCGCCUUACUUUGUCAACUUUAUUAAACAGCAAUCAGCCUUUUGGACGAAGUGGAAGAUGGUAGUGAGAGAUCUGGAGACGCUGCAACAGUUCGCGCUAGAUGCUUUAAUGGAGCCGCUUGGAAGCCGAGCGACCAUGAGAUCUAUGAGAAGUAUUGUUUCAGUUGGAUCAUUUCCGACGACGCCAAGCACAGCGAUAAUGCAGGACGCAUUCAUUAGACUGCAUUUGGCUCUUCGACUGUUCAGUCAGAUUACUACACUGCACCACGACAAACUUUCCAGUCGGGAAAGUUUGCAUCGAGUCGACCUCUUUCUUAGAUUGAUCUUUGGUGUAUUUGAAGUAAACGAUCGUGGUUCCCUGGACGGCAACCGUUACAACUCCGAGCAUGCGGCAUGGCUGAUGGUCCUCUACGGGUCAAGUUGCACAGCGCUGUACGAAAAACUCGAUGAAAUUGUACACCUCUAUAAAGCAAAAGCUGGAAACGAUAUUGGCGCUGAAGUUUCAGGUAGCUUAGAUGAGAUCGAUGAGGGUAUCUCAGAAGAAUGUUUGACGGCCACGAUAUCGGGAAUACUGCGGUUUUGCAACCUGUCGCUGGUGGAAGUGUUUUUCAAUCAAAUGCGUAGCAGUCCAAAGCCGGGCAGUGGAAGCUCUGCGCCAUCUUCAUCAGGGCUCAACUGGAACAAGUACGGCAACGUGAUGUUUGUGGAAAUUGACGCUCUUGUACGCAACUUUGCGUCCCAUCAAAAAGCAUUGCAACAGCAAAGUUACCGAGGGCAUCAACCUUCGGACCGUAGUUCUGUCAAGGAAGAGCAUGCAAGCGACACGAGUAUUUCUGCAGUCCAGUCUCCUGCGGAAGCGAUUGGGACACCUCUAGGAAAAGUUCUGUGGAGUUUUCUAGCUUUUCGUGGUGGAGAGCUGGCGUGCUUGGCUGCAUGUGGGCGCGCUGUGGCCUCUGUUCACGUAAUGAGCCAAGUAGCGGAGAAAAGCAUUGAGAAAUGGAUCAUUGAGGAGUGUCGAGGGAUGUGGGAUGUAUUGGCUUUGCGGUUGCACGUGCCUGAAUUGAGUUGUGACGAAUUUGAGGCAGCUUGCCUGGAGCAAGGAAAACUACUCACUCUUCAGGUUCUUUUCCUACAGCAGCUACGUCGCGCCCCAGUGCUGACGGAAUCGUUGAGUUUGGCGUUGGUGACCAAGUUGAUGGGAUGGAUUGAACGUGCUCGAGUUGAAAAUAGUGUUCUGGCACAAAUGAAGCUGUUAUUUCUGGCUGCGGAGGUGACAAACUUUGUAUGCAAGCCAUUGGCUGAGGUGCUCCCUUCAACGCUGAAAAAGCAAAUGCUGCGACAACUGUCCGAUCUACUAUUGAAACUGGGUCAUGCACGUCGCAACCAUGGCAUAAUGAAAGCGAUUGGUCUUGGUGGGUCUUUACAGUAUGGUGUUGAAUUUCACGUGUCCUGCAUGGUGGCGGGUAUAUUCCUACGGCUGCAGACACGCAAUGGCGCGCCGUUGCGAGUAGACGAUCGUAUUCGCUUCAAGAUGACCAGUACCACGGAAAAACACCUGCGUUCUUUAGAAACAUUGUUGCAGAGUAAAGACGCCUUUCAGCUCGGUAGACGUGCUGAUGCAUUCGUGGACUUUUCACGAGAUUCUCGUCGAAGUCUUGCAGACCAAGACGAGUUGUUUGUGAUGCUAUUCUCGAGCAUGUAUCCAGCUCAUGGGUGGCUACUUGCUAAGUGUCUAUCCUAA